CUCAAUCAAGUGGCGAAGAAGCGCGGGGCCACGACUGCUCAAGUGUCGAUUGCCUGGGUUGCAGCCCUGGGCCCAAACGUCAUUCCCCUUCCUGGGUCAUCGAAAGUGUCUCGCACUUUGGAGAACCUCGCAGCUGGCGAUAUCAUAUUGACCGAAGAGGAGCUGAAACAGGUGGAUGAAAUUCUUGCGAAGGGCGUCUUGGGCGAUCGGUACUGGGGAACCUCGGACGAGCAGGCACACCUCUGGGGUUGAUCCUCUCACCACCGAUUCUACAUUACCUACUUUGAUUUGUUGUAAGCUGUCUCACGAGCAAUACACAUAUGUUCGCAGCUCAUUGUCGGGACCGCGUAGUAAUUUUUAGUUCGGUGGCAUUUUGUCGUCGAACGCGAUCUCAGACAGGCUUAAAUUACGCGGCAAGGCCACCGACGAUACGUCGUCAUUUGCAGCAAAUGCAUGACCGGAUUAGAGGCUUGGAUGCUCAUCGAGUCGAUCGUCACCCGGCUCUCGCUCGAACUGCUCACCGCUCGUCUGCGCCCGAGAAGAUGAUGGACCUUCUGGUCAAAAAGCGACAGAAGACAGGGAUCUGUCGUUUCGUCCCGUGAUCGCGGCCACGCUUCACCACUGAGAUCGAAAAUGAGUGUGAAGUUCCUCUUGAAAGGAUAAGAUCUUGUACGUAUCACGUGUUCAACAUCCCGCUUCCUAAUUUAGAAGCGGACUGACC